UCGCCCAGUUGAGUGCUGGCAUCGAAGUCGAAAGGUCUUGCCACACAAUGCUGAGCCGUUCCCUUAUCUUGGCCAGCUGCUGCCUGCUGGCGCUGCCCGCUGUUUGGGGCUACUUCGAGGGCUGCGACACCUCCUAUGACCUGCAGGCGGGCACCACCUACCUGGAAUCGCCCUACUACCCCAAUAACUAUCCGCCUCGCACCUCGUGCCGCUACAAAUUCAAGGCCCCGCUAGACCACUAUAUCAGCAUAAAGUGCAGCCUUAAUUUGCCAUCGAGCAAUGGCCAGUGUCCCACGGAGAACUUCUGGGUGGACACUGAGGGCGAUUUGUUGAUGCGCACCGCUGAGAACUUCUGUGGCAGCGGCAACCUCGAGCGUGAAUCGCUCUUCACUGAACUGACCCUCGCCUACAUCUCAACGAGCAGCAACACGGGCCGAUUCAAAUGCCAGCUGACUGUAAGGAAGCAAAACUGCGGCUGUGGCUGGUCAGCAUCGCCGCGCAUCUCGAACGGCCAGAAUGCCGCGCCGAAUGAAUAUCCUAGCAUAGCCGCGCUCAAGGACAUCACCAACAACCUGCCCACUUUCUGUGGCGGUACGAUUGUCUCUCAUCGUCAUAUUGUGACUGCUGCUCACUGCACUCUGCAGAUUAGCCAGAUCACCAACAUUGUGGCUAUUGUUGGCACCAACAACCUGCAGAAUCCGAGCAGCUCCAUGUACUACACUCAAUAUGCCAUGCAGCAGAUGCUGCGGCAUCCGCAAUACCAAAACGAGCCGAACGUUGUGAAUGAUAUCGCCUUGCUAAUCACAGCGGAGAACAUUAAGUGGACACGUGGCGUGGGUCCCAUCUGUUUGCCACCUGUUGGCACUUCUAAUAGCUUUGCCUAUGAGGGCGUCGAUGUGAUUGGCUGGGGCACCACCUACUUUGCCGGCCCCACCGCCAGUCUGCUGCAGAAGGUGGAUCUUAUGGUGGCCAGCAAUCCGGACUGCCAGACGGACUACAACAACUAUGCGGUAAUCAACGCUGGCCAAAUGUGCACCUACGACUACCUGGGCCAGAAGCGCGACUCCUGCCAGUACGAUUCCGGCGGCCCGGUCAUCAAGCGGCUCUCCAAGCAAUUCCUUGUGGGCAUCAUCAGCUUUGGCAAAACCUGCGCCUCCACCUCCUACGCAAUGGGCGUGAACACUCGCGUCACAUCAUACGUCAACUGGAUACGCCAGAAUACGGGACUUACCACUUGUGUGGUCUCCAUGCAAUAACUUAUUAUGUAAAUGAAAUGUCUG